AUGAAGAUUUUUUUCAAGGAGAACCUACGAAAGUGCUUGCCGUACCAAAAUGUAACAUCGGGCAUUCCUUUAUCCAGAAUCAGUGCAGCCAAUGCGACAGAAUCGGUCAGUGCAGCAACAGUAGCCAUCCAGAAGUACGAGCUCCCGGAAAAAAGACUGCUGGUUGCCAAAAUUCGUAAUCCAACAUCAGCAGCCGUCUUAGAAGCUUUGAGAAAUCUCAGUGAUGACGUCGAGACGAAGGAUGAUUUCAUCCCCUUGUCAUUGUCGGCCAUUAAUUCCGGGGCCAGUUUUUCGGCUGCCGUAAGCUCAACUCCACUGUUCACAGCGUCGGCAGGAAUCGGUGGAAUUCUUUCAACUGAUACAAUUUUGAAUGAAAUGCAGGCAGCAGCUGCACAAAUCUCAGAAAGAGUAGCAGAAAUACGUUCAAGAAAGCAAGAGCUGGUGCAAUAUACAAUAAGCCACAGUGGCGCAGUUACAAAUGAUCAGAAAGAGGAUAUUCUGAGUCAAAAGAAACAAAUCAUUUCGGACUUGGAAGAGUGUGAAAGAAUGUGCCACCAUAACCUUGACACCCAGUACAUCAGUACUCGUAUUGCCGGGCAUCGAAGCUUUUGCAGAGGUCAUGUGCUGGAGAACUCGGUGGUAACAGCAGCACAGCCUCACAGUGAACAAAAAGGCGAACAGCAGAAACAUGAUUCGGACACUGGGAAUUCAGAAAACGAUUCCGCACAAGCUGAUGACGACGAUAAGUCGAUCGAAGAUAGGACAUUCGAAGACCUCGAAUUGGUUGUCCUGAAAAGAAAGAUCUACAGAGAAGGCGGGAGUGAUACAAGUAGCAGAUUUAAUUGUGAAAUCGUAUAA